CAUCCCUUACAGUUGUGGGUGUGAGCUGUCGAUUUGCAACAUCUGAUUUGCCAACAAAUUAUUUAUUGUAUACCAGCAAUCAGCCCCAGCGUACAAGAGAAUAGUUAAGUCGCUGCUACUCGGGCAGUUUCUCUCUCCCUUUCUCACAGUGGGACUUUUUUUUUCCGCUUGGAGAAUCCAGAGCCGAAAAGUCUGGGGAGAAAUAAAGAAGUGAGAGAGGAGGGACUUCAUGUACAAUGUCAAUCGGCCAGGAGCCAAUUCCGCUCGAAUUGAGGAGAGCUGACAGCAAGGCACGGCUCUGAGUCCCAGCUAUUUCUUAGUGCAGAGAGGGGAAACUGCAUGAGGGACUGUGUCAGUUAGCCUUGGGUUUAGCGCUGAACAUUGUACACUUCUGUUCCGGCUUUGUAUCUGUGUGUGUGAGAGAGAGAGACACAGGGAGAGCUGGUGGAAGGAGCCUGUUGCAGAUGACGUGGACUAGCACUAUGAGCAGCGGUUACAGCAGUUUGGAAGAGGACUCUGAAGAGUAUUUCUUCACUGCAAGAACUUCCUUCUUCAAGAAGCCUCAAGUUAAACCCAAACCUGAUGAGGAAGUGGAAAAGGAAAGGGAGCCACAGAAAGUGCUUACAAAGGAAGAGAUCCAACAGAAGAUUGAAUCCUAUAACUCAAAUGCAACAGACAAGUUAAAAAUGACUCUGAAUUCCGAUGGUGUGUACACUGGCUUUAUCAAAGUUCAGAUGGACCUGCGCAGGCCUAUCACCAUACGGUCCAUGAUAACACACGGAGGCCAUCUGUACAACAACAACAAUGAGACUGCCUUCUAUAUGCCCAAGGGCACUACAAACACCCUCCACAUCAGCAGCACCAACACGGUGAAGGAAGUCAUCGAGGCUUUGCUGAAGAAGUUCAUGGUUGCUGAUAACCCUGCCAAGUUUGCUCUCUUCCAGCAGUCCCACAGCGGUAAGCAAGUCCACAUGAGCAAACUGCUGAACAGUGAGCAGCCUCUUUGCCUCCGCUUGCUUGCGGGACCUGGAGCUGAUGCUUUGACUUUUGUACUCCGUGAGCAUGAGACAGGGGAGGUGCUGUGGGAAGCUUUCAGUCUCCCGGAGCUGCAGAACUUCCUGAGGAUAUUGGCGAAAGAGGAAGAAGAUCAGUUUCAGCACUUGAAGAGGCGCUAUAGAGAGUACAGAGCUAAGCUUGAAGAGGCUUUGAGAGCGACUGGGAAACCGGGUUAACUUGGCCGAGAGGAAUAGCCUCGGAGGCGUGCUCAGAAUUAACAGGGCAUGCUUCAAACAUGCAAAUAUGACCAACAGGAGUGGCCUUCAAAUCUGAAGACAUUGGCUUUGCACAAAAACCUAAAACCAUUGGAUCCAAUGAUUGAGAACCAGGCUGCCUCUGCAUCAUGUACCUUUGCUUGCACAAACAACAUGUUUACUGGACAAUCAAAUUAUUUAUAAAGUGGCUAAUGGCCUCUAGAUGAUUGGAAUUCUCCAGAAGAAAUGUAACAGUGAGAAGUCCUUGUGUGCAUUUUGCGUGCGAAGCGUUUACGGUGCUGCUUUUAACAAGUCACUAUACACAGGGGCAACAUUUUUCUAACGUCCCUGUCAGUGGCUUCAUUGUCCUGCUCCUGUUAAUCAUGAAGCCGUGCCAGGUCCCAGUGUCCAGUCUGAAAACUGUCCAAAUCCCCUUUCGAGCUGCUCACCUUUUGUUGGCGAUAAUGAGAACUGCAGAAGCUGGAGAAUCCGAGAUAACAAAGUGUGAAGCUGGAUGAACAC